CCAUUUCCGAGCUCGUCCAGCUCCAUUCUAGCUCUCUCUCUCUCUCUCUCUAGGUAUUGUUCAUUUGUGCAGUUGAUCUUGUCAGUUUGGUUGGAAUCGAGGCCAUGGCGACGGAGAUCUUGCGGCCUCAGGACUGCUUGGCCCGGCGGAUGGGAGCCUCCUCCCCGGCGGCGGCGGCUUACCCUCGCCGGAGGAGCUGCGGCUACGGGAGCUCCUGCUCCAAUCCCAGGCCUAACAGGAAGCACCACCAGCACCAGCAGAGGAAGCCGGCCGCCUCGGAGAGAUCGAGCCCCUACGAGGCCGGCGCGGCGAGUCCCGGCGGCGGCGGCCUCCUCGGGAUGGGGAAGGUCACCAUCCUCCGGCGAGGCGAGCCGCUGGACGCGGCGGCUAGGGACGACGAGGCCGGUUCGAAGAGGGGAGGAGGCGCUCCGGAGCCGGAGAUGGCGCGGAAGCAGGUUGGCGCGCCGGAGCUGAGGUCCCCGGCGGCGGUGGGGGGGAAGGCCGUGGUCUACGCCGGAUCGGCGUUCGCCGUGUCGCCGGAGCCGAGCUCGCUCCCGCUGCCGUCGUUUUCGAAGAAGAAGAAGAAGCAGGUGCUCCUGGUCGACGAUUCGGCCACCAGAGACCUCCGGAGAUUGCUCCGGCUCGAUCUGCUGUGAGCAAAACCAGAUCAGAUCUAGGCGAUUUACGUCCAUUUCCAUCGUCUUUUCUCGAUGUUCUCGAGGUCUGGUCCUUUCCGUGAGUAUUUUCAGAAACGGGGGGGGGGAGAUCCAGAAUUUCGAGAAACUAGGAGGAGCAUUCGCUCAAUACCUGCUUCUUUGGCUGUAAAUACGUGGGCUCUUUUAGUGAUUAGUAAGUAAUAGUGGGUAACUUUUAAGGGUUCGAAGAAGGAAGAAAGAAAAAAUGGUGGGGUCGAUUUGUAAUAUUGGGAAAUAGCGUAGACCGAGUCUGUGCCUCGUGGGGGGGUGUGAAUGUGAAAGUUUCUCUCUUGUUGUCUGGGACGAAUCUGUGAAAGAACUUCUUUUGCUGUCA